AUGGCUGCCACCCUGUAUGCAGGCCCAAAUCACGGCUUCUGGCCCAUGCAAUGGACUGAGACCAAGAUAUCUAGAACCCAUCAAACCAAUGGUUUGGACGCCGUCGACAUCGCCGAACAAGAUAACCCAAUCGCUACUACCCCCCCGCCAACAGCCACGAAUUGGGACGACAUUGACCCCGUCACCGGGCUGAGCAAGCAAUACAUGACCGCCAUGGACAUCAUCGACAGCUGCGACUAUGCAGAACUUCGUCGUUUCAACGCUCUACUGUUGGCAAACCAGCGCCUUUCGAUCGGGCAGCAGAUAGAAAUGUACUACGACGGAGGCGAGUCUGAGGAGCAUAGGCGUAAGAGGAACGGAGGUGUGAUGGAAAAAAGGAAGAGUGUGAUGGAAAAGGUGGCAGCGAUAGUGGCCUGUUGGAGGGGGGCGAAGUCGAAGAAAGCAGCGAGGGGCGGACGGGAGCACGAAAGGCAUCUGGGGGGGGGGGACAGAGUCGAAGUAAUCAGCGAGGGGCAAACAGAAGCAUGA